UUCUUUCGCCUUCGUUAACAUUUAAUUGGAUUUAUUCGAAUUGAUAAUAAAGCUUCGGCCCUAAAUUAUUUCCGUUCAGUAGCAAAUUUUAUUUUAUUUUUUUCCCACAUUUGAGUAUUUUUAAACUUAGAGUUCAAACGCUCACGUGCGUCAAGUGUCACUGCGGUGUGAUCCUCUUCAGUUCACUAACUAUCUCAUCUUUGAAGCAGCGGGCAGCGCAGCACGGUGAAGUCAGUCCGGGAACGGGAGCCAGCAGAAAUGUCUCACAGUGGGAGUCAGGAAGCCACCGGGGCCUCGAGUGGCAGCGACAGCCCGACCAAACGGGCACCCAGGCCGCCCGUUGGAAACAAAGUGACCGUGGUGCUCGGAGCUCAAUGGGGCGACGAGGGGAAAGGGAAAGUUGUGGACCUGCUAGCACAAGACGCGGACAUGGUGUGCAGAUGUCAGGGCGGCAACAAUGCAGGACACACCGUGGUGGUCGACUCAGUUGAGUAUGACUUUCACCUCCUGCCAAGCGGCAUCACCAACCCCAAAGUCACCGCCUUCAUUGGCAACGGUGUUGUCAUCCAUCUUCCAGGCCUGUUUGAAGAGGCAGAAAAAAACCUACGCAAAGGGAAAGGUCUAACUGACUGGGAGAAGAGGCUGAUCAUCUCAGAUAGAGCACAUAUUGUGUUUGACUUCCACCAAGCCGUCGAUGGCAUUCAGGAACAGCAGAGGCAAGAGCAAGCAGGCAAGAACCUCGGGACUACAAAGAAGGGGAUUGGUCCGGUGUACUCUGCCAAGGCAGCUCGUAGCGGUCUCAGAAUAUGUGACUUACUGGCAGACUUCCAUCAGUUCUCAGAAAGGUAUAAAGUUCUGGCUCAGCAGUACAAGUCGAUGUACCCAUCCCUGGAGAUCGACAUAGAGGGAGAGCUAGUUAAGUUAAAGGACUACGUGGAGCAGCUUAAGCCCAUGGUGAGGGACGGUGUGCACUACAUGUACGAGGCUCUUCAUGGCCCUCCGAAGAAAAUCCUGGUGGAAGGAGCCAACGCAGCUCUACUGGACAUAGACUUUGGGACGUAUCCGUUCGUGACGUCGUCCAACUGCACGGUGGGCGGGGUGUGCACUGGCCUCGGCAUGCCGCCUCAGAACGUUGGAGAGGUUUACGGCGUGGUUAAAGCGUACACCACCAGAGUGGGCAUCGGUGCUUUCCCCUCAGAGCAGUGCAACGACAUCGGAGAGCUGCUUCAGUCUCGGGGGAAGGAGGUUGGCGUGACAACGGGCAGAAAACGACGAUGUGGUUGGCUGGAUCUGGUGCUCCUCAAAUAUGCACACAUGAUUAAUGGCUUCACUGCUUUAGCUCUUACAAAACUUGACAUACUUGACGUAUUGCCAGAGAUCAAAGUGGGCGUAGCUUACAAAGUUGAUAACGAAACUAUACCUCACUUUCCAGCCAAUCAGGAAGUGUUGCACCGUGUUGAGGUCCAGUAUGAGACGCUGCCUGGCUGGAACAGCGACACCUCGACCGCUAGAAGCUUCGAGGAUUUGCCCGAGAGCGCUCAAAAAUAUGUACGCUUCAUCGAGGAUCAUGUGGGAGUGCCUGUCAAAUGGAUCGGCGUGGGGAAGUCGCGAGAGUCCAUGAUCCAGCUCUUCUAAAGAGAGGAAGAGGACUAAGCGAAGACUACACACAGCAGCGUAUCAGCUGCACCCUUCACCUGAAGUCCCUCGCUCACAGAGCCGAGCUGCUCUGACAGAGACACGGCAGUUUCUGUUCUUAAUGUCUCAUCUCUGUCCCACUGAACUGUCUCUUGUUAGAGACUGAUACACAAGACUUCCAUCAGACUGACCACUGUGUGUGAAAAGUUUCCAACGUCUCCAUCAGAUUUUAUGAAUAGUUUUAACUGGAGGGUAACAGCAUCCAUUUUGGUAUUUAAUCGUAGCGUUAAUUUCAGUCAGCUGCUUCAGAUUUGAGAGGAAAUGAGGAAAGACGAAGACGCAGGAUGCUCUCUGAAGGAAACCUUCAGCUGGUCAAACUGACUUCACGUGUACUUUUGUUGAUUUUUGCUGAUUGAAAUGCUCUGUGCCAGUUUGGGUUAAAUCACUUGUAAUGUCGGCACCUUAGAUCCUUUGGACUCUUACCUGCUUUACGGUUUGUUUUCUGUCAGGAGUUCUGACAUCAGAAAGGGAUCCUUUUCGUUUUCAAAUUCUCCAUCUUGUGUUUUUGUACAUGUUUGCACAUGUAUUGCCUGUCAUUCAACCAGAAGAACACUUCGUAGUAAGCUUUCACUAAAUGCCUCAAUCACCACACAUUUAGCCAUACGUUCACCUCAUGUGAUUGUUUCUUAUUAUCUUUGUUUUCUUUGCACUUUUGGUACAAAGCUCUGAUAAUGUUGGAGGACGGUAAAUGAACUGAUAAAUAUGAUUUAAGAUAUUUUGUUGUGAUUGCCUUUGUUAAGUGACACAUUUGUAAGAGCAUAAUUGUAGCUUUUUACACUAGUUUCAUUCAGUGUUGUGCUUUCUAAUCAUUUAAUGGUAAUUUACCUAUUGGAAGUUGGAACUCUGCAAUGUGUUUUUUCAAUGCUUGCGAUGUUCAAGGACCAUUCAUUCGUCUUUUUUCUGCUGCUUAUCCAGGGUAAGGUUGUAGGAGAGUUUUGUAGGAGUUUCUCAGUCAUCUGUCCCAAGUUCUUAGAAUAUAAAAAGUUUAAUUAAAGCUCACUAAUGAAACACCCCGUCCCCCAAUCCUCCCUCCAGAGGAUUAUUGGGACCCUCAGCAUCCCGGUGUACUUAAAACAACACACUCGGACUAAAACGAGGUCCUGACAAGGACAGAACCCUCAUGCAAGGGAUGUCAGAAAACAUUGAUACACUGAAGUAUCACGAUAUUUAGUGUUAUGAUACCAGAAAGAGCAGAGCAGAGUAUUGAUUUUUUUUGGGGGGGGGGGGGGUUACAUGCAGACAUGUACUGUAUUUUGUGUAUUUAUUUAUUUUUGACUGACUGCUAGGUGACAGAAGUUUUUAUCACUUUCACUCUGACGGAACAAGAUGUGGCCUGGGGUAGCACAUGCCACCAUUGAAUUCUGAUUGGCCACCCCACUUGAGUCCCAUUUAAAUUUACUUUACGUUUGACAAAAGGCUUGGUGUUACAAAACCCAAGACAGCUGUUGGCAGCAUGUACCUUUAACAUUUGUUUCCAGCCUCAGGCCUACAGAACAUUCUGUAUUAUUUUUAUUCCUUUUUAUUCUUUUCAUAUUGACAUAAAAAGUUUUUAGAAUCUCAGUCCCACUCCACUCCAAUGGGUGGCGGUAAUGCACCAACAAGAGGCUCUCUAACCAACACAAAACAGCUCGAAGAAGAAUGAGGAGGAGGAAAAGAAAGAUUUUAUUAGAAACUACCGGUGCCCCCCAUGCCACACCUGGGCCUCCCUAUUUUAAAAGGCCUGGACACGCCACUGGAUUCAGUCUUAAAAAUUGCAAAUAUCCUCUGAAAUUUUUGGACUGUAAUAUGUCAUUUUUUUUCUCCCCUAUUAUGUGAUGUAUAUCAUACGGCUUUCUGGAGGAAGGAUUGAUUUUCUACCUGGGAGUCCAUACAACACACACACACACACACACACACACACACACACACACACACACACACACACACACACGCACGCACACACACAAACAGGUUAAAGAGGUAAAUCCAGACAUUCCUCUCCCCAUCCAACAAGUUCUGAGUGUGUCCCUAGUGUCUCAUACCUGUGAAGGUUGUUUAAAAUAAAAUAAGUAAGCAGAAAGCAUAUAUAUAUAUAUAUAUAUAUAUAUAUAUAUGUGUGUGUGUGUGUGUGUGUGUAUAUAUGUAUAUACAUACAUACAUAUUGUAUAAGCAAGAAACCCACCAAUAAGCAACAAUAUUAGUGUUUCCACAGUAAGAUAAACCUCAUUAAAGAUUUUUCCUCA